AUGACCGAAAACUCGCCUAGAACUGUACGCUUCUCCGGCGGCGAGGACGACCUUGAUCAUACCAACUCUUCAAGCCCAGCCGAAGGCCAUGAUGAGAAUGGCGACGAGGCUGAGGUUACACACGAGGGUCAGGACGGGCUUGGAUCUCUCAGCCCGUACCCGGACUCCGCCGUGAACCAAGGCCCUCUCGCGGGAACGAUCGCCAAGACGAUCGCCAACGGUAUAUCUCGCAGUCAGAGGAGCAAUGGCGACGGCGAUGCUCCCUCCGGCGCCAACGGCACACGACCCCAACGUCCCCUCGGCCCGAUGCGGACGCCCUCAAAUACAUACAACCCAGCUACCUCGCGGAAGCCCGUGGUGACACAACCCCCGCCGGAAUUUGUUGAUUCGGCUCGAUCAUCCUCCAAAACGAGGGCGAGACCGGCGGAGAGUCGAUUUCGCGCGCAGGAGCGUGCAUAUGUGCAGAAGCUUCGGCAAGACUAUGCUGGAGAGUACUUUACCUCAUACCCGAACAUAAAUGGCAACGACUCAGACUCUGAAGGGGAGACUCCGUCGUCCGAAGGUCCAUUUGACGAACGAUUUGAUGAUCAGGAAACCAUCAUGUUUUACGGCAAUGACGAUCUCCAGCCGACCGAGGAAGAUUUGGAGGACUCGCAGAAUCGAGAGAGGUUGGAGUGGCAUGGCAUGCUGGAGGCCGUUCUCACUGGAGACGUGGUACGACAAGAGAAGAAGCGCCUAAUCGGUUCCUCUGAUCAGCAAAUUGGCAAGAACGCACACAAGUCGGAGAUGUGGCUUGGCAUCCGCGCCAAGGUCUGCGGGCGCCAUCUCCCAGUGCAGAGACGUAUGGUUGAGGAGGCACGAUCGACGUUGGAUCGCACGCUGGAUGAAAUCGUCAACUUCGAAGUCAAGGGUGAGAGUGAAGUGGGCAAGCCUCCGUAUGAGCAAGUGAAAGAAGUCGUCAAGAAGAUUGAGAAAUGCGAGGGACUCUACCCCUCAUGGGAUUCACUUGCUACAGAGCACAAAACUGCUAGAUCCAACGCUUUUCACGAGGCAUACGAAGCGAUUGUUUCCUGGUACAACACCAAUGAGAUGAUCAACACGGAGCUCAAGAUUCUCAAGAGAUGGGUUGGAAACGAUGACAUGGACUUUACUCGCACUAAGCAGCGGUCUCCAGCUGUCAACGGGAUCAGCACUGACGAGACCUCAUUUCUUGACCGCCUUAUGAAGGAAGAUGGCCUGCGCUCGCUGUACAAUGACGAGAAAAACUCCACACAACAAGGAAUGCUGAAACCGAUUGCAGCUAUUAUCUGCAAGGCAAAGGAAACACUCAUUCACAACUCGACAACUUUCCGCAAGCGCCACCUGCCGCCCUAUCUGGAAGAGCUUCUCACACUGAUCAGUUUUCCUUCGCGCUUGAUUGAGGAGAUUAUUCGGAUGCGACUCGCCUAUGCCAAGAGGGUUAAGGACACGGCACAGCAGAACCCUCUGAUGCAGGAUCAGAUGAUAUCGCAGUUUCAGCUUCUCCUCAAAUUUGCUAUCCGGAUCAAGGGGGAGUUUGCAACCAUUGCCAAGCCCGAACCUGGAUGGGAUCUCCCCCCAUUCAUUGAUGAGUCGUUUGACAUGGUUGUUCUCGAAGCUCUGAAAUAUUAUUUCAAGAUGUUGAACUGGAAGUUGAGCGGCAAUAAAAACACAUUCAAAGAGGCGGAACUUUUAUUCCAGGAGUGGGAUUUCGCAAAUGACAUCGGAAGUCAUCUCGAAAGAGGUCACAUCGUCGUGGCUGAGCAGUUCAGUUCGCUGACGUUCAAGGCCCUGAACCGGCUGAGCCAGACUUUUGAGAGCGAGCUGCAGGUCAAGGCCAAAGAGAGUCCGGCAGAAAUGAGCAAGCGAUACAAAGCCUGUUUGGAUUCCGUGCGUAUUCGGCAGCGGAUGUUGCAGCGGUUUUCUAGGAUGCUGACCGAUAAUUACGAGCACUGCUCCGAUUACAACAUUUCCUUCGGCCCAGAGCGCAUGAGGAAGUUCUAUGACCAGCUGGCAGCCACCGGCCAUUUCCAUGUGCAGACUGGGUUUUUGGAGCAGGAUGGGAUUUAUCUCAUCGCGUCUCCCGAGUUGCAUGACAAGCCGGACAUCAUCGAAGCCAUAAUGGCCAUAACAUCUAAGGAACGUCUGGUCGGCGAAGAAGGUGACCAGUACUUGCUACUUCUACGACCGGAAGAUCCGUUCAAUUGGUUUGCGGAGUCUAUUACGAUGAAUAUGCAACCACUGAGUAUCGACCUGAAGCGUGGGCACGCCCGUCUCUGCGCUACGGGAUCACCUGGACUACCGAACACACGCAGGACCUUCCUCGAUGCGGUGGAUAUGCACGUUGACUUGGUGCAAGAGUCCCGACCAAACAUUCACAAGGUCAACACUCGCUUAAUGGAGAUUCGGCGAGUGGCUUAUAAACUGUCCAACAACUUCAUGGACAGUGUAGAAACAAUCAGGAGGCAGACAGAAGGAAAAGACUGCCAGGAGCUCAUCCAGACUUGCUUUGUAUUUGCGACUGAAUUCGGUCAACGAUCACUGCUCUACAUGGACAGUAAUCGGCGACAGAUGAACAAUUUGAAACUGACAAAGCUCGCGCUGGACUGGAUCAGCUUUAUAUGCGAUGACUGCAUUGCCUCGGAUCGUAAAACUUUCCGCUGGGCAGUGCUAGCUCUCGAGUUUGCCAUGGGUAUGACGCGCGGCAGCCGGAUCAUCACCCUGGGAGAAAGCGAGUAUGAUAAACUUCGGAACAAAGUGGCAGGCUGCAUGUCUCUUCUCAUCUCCCACUUUGAUAUCAUGGGGGCCAAGUCGACUCUUGCUGCGCAGGCGGAAAAGGAGCGAAUCGAGGCUCUUGUGGGCCAGUUCCGAAAAGUCGACAAGAAUAGGAUGUUGGACGAUGAGGAAGCUUCAAUCUGCAUCACUCAGCAGCGCCUGGAGGAGCUGGAGAAGCUGGACAUAUUCCGGCGAGAGAAGGAGGCAGAGAGGCAGGCUCUUGGUCGCGUCUUAGAAGCCAACACGGAGGCCGACCGCUCUUUGGCCUACCUGUCCUCCUCCGCCACCAACAUCACAAUGCGUUGGCAGCAGGGCCACUUUGUGGGUGGCGGCACUUUUGGUCAAGUUUAUGCCGCCAUGAACCUGGACUCGGGUCAUUUGAUGGCGGUGAAGGAGAUCCGGCUACAGGACCCAAAGCUGAUCCCAACCAUUGCGGAGCAGAUUCGAGAAGAGAUGAGCGUGCUAGAAGUGCUGGACCACCCAAAUGUUGUCUCCUAUUACGGUAUAGAAGUACACCGAGAUAGGGUGUACAUCUUUAUGGAGUUCUGUUCCGGAGGAUCAUUAGCCACUUUGCUAGAGCAUGGCCGUAUCGAGGACGAACAAGUAAUCAUGGUCUAUGCCUUGCAAUUGCUUGAAGGUCUUGCAUAUCUCCACGAGAGCGGUAUUGCGCAUCGUGACAUCAAACCAGAGAAUAUUUUGCUUGACCAUAAUGGUAUCAUCAAGUACGUUGAUUUCGGUGCAGCUAAGGUCAUCGCCCGACAGGGACGUACUCUCGCUGCAGAUCUGCACGCGACCAAACCGAACAAGUCCAUGACCGGCACACCGAUGUACAUGUCGCCGGAAGUGAUCAAGGGCGAGAACCCUGGCAGAGCCGGCGCCGUGGAUAUCUGGUCUUUAGGCUGUGUCAUCCUGGAGAUGGUAACGGGUCGGCGACCUUGGGCUAACCUGGAUAAUGAAUGGGCGAUCAUGUAUAGUAUCGCCCAGGGAAACCCUCCGCAGCUACCAUCGACAGACCAACUCAGCGAGUGCGGCAUUGACUUCUUGAGCCGGUGUUUCACCAGGGACCCCAAAACUCGAGCCUCAGCUGUAGAGCUGUUACAGCACGAGUGGAUCAUCACUAUUCGCAAUCAGGUUGUUGAGCCAGCAACCCCAAGCGAAUCCAGCACAUCUACACCUAUAACGGCAUCAAGCAGAGGUAGCCUCGGAGGCGACGGAUUCUAUUAG